GGUCACAGUUUAUAUUCAUACCAGCUGUAAUCAUGAUUCCUGCUACAUCUUAUUUAUGUAGAUAUAUAUCUACACGCAUUCAGCCACGUUUUUUAUCUUCGGCUUCUGAUUCUACUGUUAUCAAGGAAGCCCUCAAGUCUAACACUAAUUCAAAGCCUACACUACACAACGCAAGUCCUAGACUGCCACUGCUCUAUUACAAGGCCAGUAUGCGCGCUAUGGAGUCAAUGAAUCAUCGCAUAUUUUAUGCAAACUGGAUUUUCGUGUUCGCAGCAUACGAUAUUGUCACGUCCUACGUGGACUUUUGAACUGAUUAA